AUGGCGGAAAACGAAACCCCCAAUCCCCCGACCGCGCCAGCCCCAGGCGGCUUUGUGCCUCCCGCGAUCUCUUCAAACUCGUUACCAUCUCCAGCGCCCAGCUCAGCAUCAGCGGCGGCUGUAUCCAAUCUCCCACAUCCUCGCCGAACUUCCCUUCGCCCCGGGUCCAUCAAGGAGGAUAAAGUCCGCAACUAUGUAUCCGACAAAAUGCUACACAUCAGUCGCCGAUACGUCAAGCACUUUGCCAUUCCCCAUCCCGACGACGAAAUCACGGGCUACAAGUCCAUGGCCGAACUAUGUAAAGACGUGGACGACGUUAUCAAUAUCAUCUGGCUAUCCGGUACUCCCAGCCUACAAAUCCCCUACCUGCUCAACAUUGCGAGCGAGUUCACCACCUGGCUCGAGGGCUUCCCUCCCUCGCCCGCAGCCACAUUCGCGCUACUACGAAAACUCGACCACUGCUUCGCCAGUCUACUCUUCGGUUACGACAUCGACACCAAAGAAACACUACCAGGCUUCGAGAACGGCCUUCGAGCCGGCCUGUCCCGCACCGACAUGGUCCGCUGUAAAAGCGUAAUUGAGCGCACUCGUGUAUUGGUAGUCGAGGUCAUGGCGAAAGAGCCAGCCGACGAGGAUCCAGAUGGCGAUACUGGGGGCCAGGGUAUCCAGACCCCGAAGCCGGACAACGAUACCGAGGCCGAAGCUGAGUCUGAUCGUCUGCCCGAGAUGAGCGAUUUCGAUGAUGGUGACGACGACGACGAAGACGAGCUGUUACACAUGAACGUCGCUCAGGUGUAUGAGAACACACUUGUCAAGUUGGGAGAAAUCCUGGGAGAUGGAGGUGGUGUAACGACGAUGCCCAUGUCUGUGGACUGA